AUGAGCUUUGAUAAACUGGAUAAUAGUAUAAACAAUGAUAUUUAUGGGCUAAGAGGCCCACUUAAUACAGAGACUUUGAAUACGAUUGAAAAAUUAAUAGAAGAGCAAUUAAAUAGCAUAUGUCAAAAUUCACAAAGAAAUGAUAAUCUUCCGACACAUCCAAAUGUUGAAAAACAAUUAAAUAGGUUUAAAUUCAAAGAUCCUAGAUAUGAUUAUCAGCAAUUAAACAAGCAAUUUCUUCACUAUAAUAAUAAAAAUGGCAAAAAAAGAGAAUAUGCUGCAAUAACUGUUUCGAUUAAUGAAAAUCCUCAAGUGAAUCAGCAAUUUCCAGAAUAUGAUAAUAAUUCAUACAAGAAAAUUAAAGUUGAAAAAAGUAUAGAUUUAUCAAGGUAUUCAUUAGAAUCUACAGAACCAUUAACAAGAGAUACAUUAUCAAUUAUUGAUUCCUACUUAAGAUUUCAAGAAUUGACAUUAGAAAAUUUAUUAUCUAAAACGAUAAUUAAUCAGUGGGCAAUAAAUAAUGAUUCAAUGGUAUCAGCAUUAGAAAACGUAAGUUCGUUAGAACAGAAACAAGUAACCGCUAUUAAUGACUUGAAUAGAUAUCGAGAUAAUUUUAGGAGCCAAUCCAUCAAAGCUAUGGAGACUAAGAGAUUGGCUUGGGAAAAAAAAUUAAACAGUAAUCUUUCUUUAGAUUAG